UGGCGCCUCUACCUCUCGAUCCCAACGCCGCUCGCCAAGCAGUUCGCCGAACAGCGACAGAAGCAGAAGGAGUACCUAGCAGUUCGCCUCGAGCUCAACGCGACGAGCAGCCAGGACGAGUUUGCAAAAUGGGCGAAGCUGCGGCGGCAACAUGACAAGCUGCUGGAUGAGCUGGAGAAGAAGAAAUCCGCCGUCGAAGCCUCCCGUACAAAGUUCGACCGCUACCUCACGGCCGUCCGCCUAAUCUCGACGCGCGGCGUACAAUGGCUCAUGCCGAUGUGGUACGGCAAGCUGCCCAUGUACUGGCUGCCCUACGGAUGGUUCCCCUACUACGUCGAGUGGUUCGCCUCAUUCCCGCGGGCGCCGUUGGGGAGCGUCAGCAUCGUGACGUGGCAGGCAGCGUGCACGGCCAUCCUGACGCUCGUUAUGAAUACGGUCAUGGGCAUAUUGGCUUUCGUCGCGGCGAGGAGGCAGCCAGGGAAGCAGAAGGAAAAGCAGCCCGUCCCGGCGGCGGGAGCUGGAAACGGCGAGACCAAGAAGGAACAGUGA